AUGCAAUCGGAAAAAGGUGAGGGAGUUGUUUUGGACAGUGGGAAGGCACCAUCGGUCUCAACUGCUCUCGUCCAGGUAACUCCGGUUGCGGUCCCAGCUCCCGCUGAGUCCACCUCCACCCUCACCCAGGAGGGCCUGACUCCACCUGUGAAAUGCUCCAGCUCCAAGUCCAACUCUUGCUCCCCCAAAGGAGGAGCCGUGGGGCAUUCUAGAAGGUUGUCCAUAGCCUCCUCCUUUGAGAAUGCCCAUGGUGUGACCAGCUCUACAGAGCCCCUAGCUCCCACCUCUGGUACUGCACACUGGGUGUAUGUGGACGAGCCCCUUCCCAAGGAGAUACCAGAGUACCUGGUUCCAUACUGGGAGAACGUGUGUAACUCCUAUGUGACUAACAUCAAGGCUGUGUUGCAGAACCUGCGCACAGAACGUAUCUUGAUCAUUCACCAUCUGUUUAACAUCAGAGAGGAGUUUAAGCAGUACCUCCGACGGCCCGACCUGAAGCAAGAGUUUGUGUCCCAGUGGCAGCAGAACUAUAACAGCAUCCCCAAGGACAUGAGAGAUGACGAGGAGACCAAGGCAGAGCUGCACCAGCGUCUGGAUGACCUGCGCGAGCGUCUGUGGGACAUCUGUGAUAAGCGUAAGGAAGAAGUGGGGCAGGAGCGGGCGGCGAUCAUGUGCGACGGCUGGCUGGAAGACCACACGGCGGUGCUCAUCAACCAUUUCUCCACACUAAUGCAGGUGGAAGUGGACCGAUUCCAGGACUCUCUACGUCUCCUGCGGGAUUACUACACAGGCAUGUACAAACAGGUGCUGCCUGAGGCGGGGCCAGAAUUCACCUGUAUUCCACUGCUAGACAUCGUGGCGCUGGAGGAGCCAGGAACCCAGACUGACAAAUCCAAGAGUUCUGAAAGAGUCACCAAGAGUGCUGGUAAAAGAGACUGUGAAGGAGACGAGAAGAAGAAAACCAAAGUUGUUCCACUGAUUCCCCGCAGACCUCCCUCUACCGAAGUGGCCUCUAUGAAACAGAAAGGCUUCCAGGAUCCCGACGAGAAGCUGCUGCACGACAUCUAUCAGACUGCUCUGACAGCCAUCAACAACAUGGUGUCAGUGGAGGCGGCUCAACGCGAGGCAGAGGAGAAUGAGGAGGCUCAGCAGCAGAUGGAUAGAGAACGGCUACAGAGAAUGUCCCAAGCCUCCGCUGCAGCCGCCGCAGCCAACUCUGGCAAGGACAAGAAGAAAGCUGGCACCAAGAAGAAAGGCCCUCCCUCCCCUGCUCAGGAGCCCAGCCCACCCCCUGCCCCAGAGGAAGAUUCAGAGGAGGUCUGCAAGAGGGCCAUACGGAACAAAAUCAGACAGGAGUAUGCUGCAGCUCUUGACCAUGAAG